AUGGUUGACACCACAAUUAAUUUGCUUGAAAUCUUGUACAAAUGCGAUGAUGAUUCACCACCAAUGAUGAUACACAAUGAUAUAGGAUUGCGUGUAUAUAUCGAGUUGAAGAAGAAAAAUUAUGCGUUUAAUGAAUAUCCACUGUGUAUAACAGUGAAAGAGAAAGAUAUGCACGCUUUUAAUCGAAACGAGGAAAAUUCAUUUGUAUGCCUACAAAUUGCCAGUACAUAUGAUAUACAUAAUGGUGAUGCACUGCAAUUGAUUAGGUUUGAUAACGUAGAUGAUCCAGAAGUUGUAGAUUUUGAUGAAACUUCAAUAAUAGAUGAUCCUCUAAAUAGUACAGUUUCGGAAGGCAAGAUUUUACCACUUGCAUAUGCAAUUGUUGAUAAGAAGAAUGAUGCCUCAUGGGGGUGGUUCUUCGAAAGGUUCAAAGAAGCAUUCGGUGGUAGAGAUGACAUGUGCAUUGUAUCGAACAGAAAUGAGAGCAUAGCGAAGGCAGCUUCAAUAGUGUAUCCUCAAGUUUCUCAUUAUGUUUGUAUAUGGCAUCUAUGGAAUCACAUAAAUGACAGAUAUAAGAGGAACCAAGAAAAGCUAAGAGAGAUAAUUUUUGCUACGGCAAGAGCAUAUACCAUUCAAGAGUUUAAUCACCAUAUGACAGAGAUGGAACAAAUAGAUGGAAGAGUGAAGGAUUACUUAUUUGAUAUUGGGUAUCACAGGUGGUGUAGAGCGCAUGCAAAAGUCAACAGGACAAUGACAAUGAUUUCCAACAUUGCAGAGUCAUUAAAUUCGGCAACUAGGGAAGCGAGGGAACUUCCGAUACAACAAUUACUAGAAGAAAUUCGAAUGUUGAUCAACAGGUGGAACUACACAAAUCGAAACACUGCACAAACGACAUUUACAAAGCUUAUCGUAAAAUACAAUGCUAUACUGGAUGAAAAUUUUGAUGCAUCACAACAUAUGAUGGUGAGACCAUCAACUGAAAACUUACAUUUAGUUAUUGACAGUGGGAGGUUGUUCAUCGUUUGCCUUAGGGAAAGGACAUGUAGUUGUAGAAGGUUCCAGUUAGAUCAAAUCCCUUGUCCGCAUGCGUGGGUGAUUUUGAGGUCAAAAAACUUGGAGGGUGAAGAUUAUUGCUUUAUGUACUACAACAAUGAAUACAUGUUGAAAGCAUACGACAUUCCAUUUUAUCCUCUUCCAGAUAAAAGUACAUGGACAAUACCUGUAGAGGUAUUAGAACAAGUUGUGUUGCCACCAGUCGGGAAUAAGAUACCUGGAAGACCUAAGAAGGUGAGAUACUAG